CCUGACUUUUAGGACAGAUGAAUUUGUGUUCUGAAGCAUUAGUUCUUUUUUCUAGUAAUGAUGUGAUUGAACACUAAUUAUCCUUUGGAAUUCAGAGCUUGAGCAUAUACUGCUCCUAAAUCAUUCAUUCUUUGGCUGAAUUUUAUCAUGUCUUGGGAUUUUCUUUUUUUUUGCCCUUUUUCUCCAUAUUCGCUGAGGAGCUGUUGAAAUUAGUUACAAUAAUGAACAGAAUGUACAAGUUUUGCUUUGAAUACGAAGUAAACUAAAAAUGAAAUAUUUGUGCCAUGUAAGAAAUCCAAUCCUGAUUUAAAAUUUUGUCAUAACUUUAAUUUACCAAGUUGUAACACAUUGGGAGUGUUUGCUUUGACUGUAUUGAGUGAACUGUGGAACCGAAUUUGGGUGUAGCACAGGAGCUGUGGUUGCUUUCUCCUGAUGAGCAGUUAAUUUUGUGUAACUCAUACCCUUGAAAUCGUGAGCGUGCUUCUCCUCAGAAAAAUGGGAAAUAUCUUUGGGAAUCCCUCUCUGCUGAUAAGCAGCAAGUGUGUUCAGUUCUGGGCUAGAGCAGGGCGGGAUGGCUGGGCCUGGGCAGGAGGCCUGGAAUUCCAGAGCUCUCACCUUGGCUGCUCACUCCCCCGCCUGCCUCAGGCGCCGUUGCCUUUUUUUUCCUUAGCUUCGGUUCCUGCACCUGUGAAAUGGAGACAAUGCCUCCUCGCAGGAAUGUUUUGCAAUUUAUGUAGGUGGAGCUGAGAACCUUCAAAGUGAAAAAUCUCUUUAAAGAGAAAGUCUUUAAGGUAUUUCAGUGUGUAGCUCCCUGGAAUGGAUGGCCCAGCCCAGUCCCUUGCUGCCAUCACGAGGCACCUCAGGAGAUCUCAUUCCAGGGGUGGCCCUGGUCCUGCAGGAGCUGGGACCAAAAGGACACCAGCCUGCUGCUCAGUAGUGCUAAGCUGUUCAGUGGCCUGCUCUGCCCCACCUCUGGAGGAACUUGAUCAGAUAUUUUGGUAUCCUGAUUGCUUGGGAAAAUUAUAAAGAUAUUGAUUUUAAAAACAUUAAGAGACUGGUAUUGCGGAUUUUUUGUCUAGUAGACAUUUCUAGUUACAGUAUUGUCUGUUUUCACUAGAACAAGUUGAAAUCAUCACAGAAGGAUAAAGUGCGUCAGUUUAUGGUCUUCACACAAUCUAGUGAAAAGACAGCAGUCAGUUGUCUGUCUCAAAAUGACUGGAAGUUAGAUGUUGCAACAGACAACUUUUUCCAAAAUCCUGAACUUUAUAUACGAGAGAGUGUUAAAGGAUCACUGGACAGAAAGAAGUUAGAACAACUAUAUAACAGAUACAAAGAUCCUCAAGAUGAAAAUAAGAUUGGUAUAGAUGGCAUACAGCAGUUCUGUGAUGACCUAGCUCUUGACCCAGCCAGCAUCACUGUACUCAUCAUCGCGUGGAAAUUCCGGGCUGCAACACAGUGUGAAUUUUCAAAGCUGGAAUUCAUGGAUGGAAUGACUGAGCUGGGAUGUGACAGCAUAGAAAAACUGAAGGCCCAGAUUCCUAAAAUGGAACAAGAAUUAAAAGAGCCAGGAAGAUUUAAGGAUUUUUAUCAAUUUACUUUCAACUUUGCAAAGAACCCAGGACAAAAAGGUUUAGAUUUAGAAAUGGCCAUUGCCUACUGGAAUUUAGUACUUAAUGGAAGAUUUAAAUUUCUAGACUUGUGGAACAAAUUUUUGUUGGAACAUCAUAAAAGAUCAAUUCCUAAGGAUACCUGGAACCUUCUUCUAGACUUUAGUACAAUGAUAGCAGAUGAUAUGUCUAACUAUGACGAGGAAGGGGCAUGGCCAGUUCUUAUUGAUGACUUUGUGGAAUUUGCACGCCCUCAAAUUGCUGGGACAAAAAGUACGACAGUGUAGCACUAAAGGACCCUUCUAGAGUGUACAUAGUCUGUACAAUACCUGAAAUGGAAAAUUGCACAGUCAAUUUCUGCUGGCUGGACUGAACUGAAGAUCAAUCCUCACAAUGUGGCUGAGGGUUGAGACAAAACUUUAAGGAUACAUCUUGGACCAUAUCAUAUUUCAUUCUUCUACUGGUGGUUUGGGCUUUUCUUCUAGUCUGGACCACUCUUGCCUGUUAAAAUUCCAACACUGUGGAUUUCAUCAUGGAUUUAUUUUUUGUUGGUGGAUCACCCUAGUUUCAUCUCCCAUAAGUCCUAGAAGCUUUAUAAUUAUUUUGAGGUUUCUGAUUUCACAUAAAGCACAACACUGGUCAUCAUCA